CGAAGUUCCUUUCUCCAAACUAUACUCAAAAUAUGAAAGCUAGUGCAAUGGAGGUUCUCGGUGGUAAGCACACACUACUCAACAGCUUCAAAAAGGCCUUUCUACCAAUCUUAACAUUGGUUCUUCUCAUCACAAUCCCUCUCUAUCUGAGCAACACUUCAUCUUCCCUUCUCCGCUCUCUAAAUAUCAGUUCCAAUGCCACUUCAAUAUCCCUGCUCGGAAAAAACGACUUGGCUUCCUCGCCAUUGCAGUCUCCCAAAACAAUUACCAACGAUUCAGCAAGCGCGAAGAACACACAUCAUCGAUGCAAUAUAUUUCAAGGGAAUUGGGUUCCAGAUUCGAAGGGGCCUUACUACACGAAUGAAACGAAGUGUUUGAUCGAUGAUCGACAGAACUGCAUGAAGUUUGGAAGACCAGACAAUGAGUUCAUGAAACGGAGGUGGAAGCCUGAUGAAUGCGAGUUACCUCUUUUUGAUCCAGUCCAGUUCUUGGAGCUUCUCAGAGGGAAGACUUUGGCCUUUGUUGGAGACUCGGUGGGAAGAAACCAGAUGCAAUCACUGGUGUGCCUCUUAGCUAGUGCUGCUUAUCCUGUGGAUGUAUCCUACAUACCAGAUGGAAAAUUCAGACGCUGGUUCUACCAAGAUUACAAUUUUACAAUAGCAGCGCUCUGGUCCCCUCAAUUGGUUAGAGCCCACGACGCCGACCCUGAUGGUUUCUCCCCCAACAGCCUCAUGAACCUUUACUUAGAUGAGGCUGAUGAGGCCUGGGCUAGUGAAGUUGAAAAUGUUGAUAUUGUGAUCAUCUCAGCAGGGCAAUGGUUCUUUCGACCAUUCAUAUACUACGAAAAAGGUCAAGUUGUUGGGUGUCAUAAAUGUAACAAGAAGAACAUCACAGACCUUACCUGCUAUUAUGGAUACAAAAUGGCCUUCCGUACAGCUUUUAGGACCCUUUUGAGCCUUCAAAACUUCAAGGGACUGAUUUUUCUAAGGACAUUCUCACCAGACCACUUUGAGAAUGGGGAUUGGAAUAAAGGUGGGAAUUGUGUAAGAACAAGACCAUUUACAAAGCAAGAAAGGAAGUUAGAUGGGUAUAAUCUCGAGUUUUACUUGACCCAAGUGGAGGAGUUCAAGGUAGCAGAAAAAGAAGGAAGAGAGAGAAACUUGAAAUUUCGGUUGCUAGAUACUACAGAAGCCAUGAUUCUGAGACCAGAUGGACACCCAAACCAGUAUGGGCAUUGGCCACAUGAGAAUAACACUCUAGCCGACUGCGUUCACUGGUGCAUGCCUGGGCCAGUAGACACAUGGAAUGAGUUUUUGCUUCAGAUGUUGAAGAUGGAAGAAUAAGGAUCAAAUGAAAGGAAGUUUCAGAAAAAUGAUUAAGACAGAUCAGAUAUAUUUUGGACAAGCAUAUCCACCGAUAAUAUCACAGCUUACUGUGUAUACUUCAAAUAUGAGUGAUUUUUUUUAUUAUUUUGUACAAUCAUAUUUGUUCAUGUAGCUAUGUUUUCUUAUGAAAUAACAGAACAAAUAGGGAAGAUAAUAAGCUACAUGAUGUCAUAUCACAAAUUUGACUCUACACGAUAUGAGAGCAGA